UAUCAACUGAGGAUGGCCAACAUUAAAGAACAUAUUCUCUUCAGUCUAAAUGAACUGGAGUCAGAAAACCUGGAGACAUUCCAGUGGUAUCUGAAAAAUGGUCUGGAAGGUUUCCCCUCUAUUCCAAAAUCUCAGCUGGAGAAAUCUAACAGACUGGACACUGUGGACAAGAUGGUGCAGAAAUAUGGCCCAGAUGGAGCUGUGGAGAUCACACUGAUCAUCCUGAAGAAGAUGAACCAAAACCAACUGGCUGAGACCCUGCAAAUCAAACACAGUGAGAACAAAGCAGGUCAAACUGCACCAUGCCAGAAUAUCACAGCUCAAACUGAAGGAGCUGUCAGUGCACCUGGUGAAGCAAACCAGGAUGGAGAAGUAAGAAAAAGUGAUCUCAGUAGGAGAAUGAAAAUAAAAUAUAAGGAAAAAUUUGAGAAGUUGUAUGAAGAGGCUCCUCUAGAAUGUGAUCGUGUGCCUAUAAAAGACACUUACACUGAAGUUUACAUGAUCAAAGGAUGCACAGGAGGAGUGAACACAAAGCAUGAAGUGAGACAGGUGGAGGAAUUGGACCCCAAACAAGAAGAAACACCAGUCAUACUCAGUGACCUCUUCAAAGUGCAGUCUACUGAAAACAAGUGUGGAACUAAAGUCCUGACAGUUGGUAUAGCUGGAGUGGGAAAAACAGUCUCUGUACACAAGUUCAUUCUUGACUGGGCUGAAGAAAAAUCCAACCAGGACUUAGAUUUCCUACUGUACCUACCAUUACGAGAGCUGAACUUGAUCAAGGAUGAAAAGUACAGCCUAUCAGAACUUAUACUUUACUUCCAUCAAGAACUCUGUUCUGGAGAAGAAAAGGAGAUAUUGAAUGAAAAACAUAGGUUGCUUUUCAUACUGGAUGGAUUGGAUGAAAGUAGAAUUCCUCAAGAUCUAGAUCAAAAGAAGAUAUCUAAUGUGAAUGAGAAGACAACUCUUGAUAAACUAAUAACAAACCUCAUAAAUGGAGAACUGCUUCCUUCUGCUCUCCUCUGGAUCACUUCACGACCUGCAGCAGUCAGUAAGAUAAAUGAUCAAUACUUUAACCCUGUUACAGAAAUCCGUGGAUUUAAUGACCCACAGAAGGAGGAGUACUUCAGGAAAAGAAUCAGAGAUGAAGAUCAAGCCAGCACAAUUCUCUCACAUAUUAAGACUACAAGAAACCUUCAUAUCUUGUGUCACAUACCCAUCGUCUGCAGGAUCUUAGCUACCGUGUUUCAGAAAAUGCUGAAGGAAGGUGUGGCCUUAAAAAAUGCUCCAACAACUCUGACAGAAAUGUAUCUACAUUUCCUGCUGUUUUUCACAGGUCAAAAGACUAAGAAAUACAACACAAAGCAAAGCACUGACAAUGCAGUUUCAUCUGAGACAAAAAGAGCAAAGGUGCUGGAUAUUGUGAAGCUUGGAAAGUUAGCCUUUCUUCAGCUGCAAAAAGGACAACUUCUGUUCUAUGAGAAAGAUCUGGAAGAAUGUGGUAUUGAUGUCUGUGAGGCUUUAGUGUACUCUGGAAUCUGUACACAAAUUUUUAAACAGGAGGGGAAGAUCUACAGCUUUGUGCAUUUAAGCUUCCAGGAGUUUCUUGCUGCUGUAUUUGUGUUCCUAACAUUCAGGGGUGAAGGCAACCCACUCCUUAAAACCCCAAUGGAGAAAUUGAAAUGGAAGUUAAAACACAGACUGCAUGAUCUGCUCAAGACAGCAGUAGAUAAAGCCAUGAGUAGUGAAAAUGGACACCUGGACCUUUUCCUCCGUUUCCUCCUCGGUCUCUCACUGGAGUCCAAUCAGAGGCUCCUGAAGAGUCUACACCCAGAACUGGACAUCAAAGAAGAGCGUUUAGAAAAGACUGUGAACUACAUCAAGAAAACCAUCAAGAGAACAAAAUCCUUUGAAAAGAUUAUCAAUCUAUUCCACUGCUUGAGUGAACUGAAAGACAACUCUCUGACAAGUGAAAUACAGAACUUGCUGAACUCAGGAGACCUCUCAACACAGACACUCUCAUCUGCACAGUCUUCAGCUGUGGCGUUUGUGCUGCUGAUGUUAGAGGAGAUUCAAGAGAAAUUUGAGCUGAAGAAAUUCAAGCCAUCAGAUAAAGGACUGAGGGAACUACUUCCACUGUUGAAAAACACCAGACGAGCUCUAUUAUCUGGCUGUGGUCUCACCGAAGAGUCUUGCAAAUCUCUCGCAUCAGUUCUACAAACAGAAAACUCCACACUGAGAGAACUAGAGAUGAAUAAUAAUAACUUGCAGGAUUCAGGAGUGAAACACCUCUGUGCUGGCCUGAAGAGUCCACACUGUAAACUGGAGAUUCUCAGACUGUCUGGUUGUUUUGUCACAGAGGAAGGCUGUUCUUCUCUGGCUUCAGCUCUGAGUUCAAACCCUUCCCACCUGAAAGAACUGGAUCUGACAUACAACCACCCAGGAGAGUCAGGAGUGAAGCUGCUCUCUGCUAGACUGGAAGAUCCCCACUGCAGACUGGACACACUCAGGUUGGAACACGCAGGGAAGAUUAGACUCAAUCCAGGAGUAAGAAAAUAUGCGUGUGAUCUCAGACUGGACCCAAACACAGCACACACACUUCUCUCUCUGUCUGAGGGGAACAGAAAGGUGACGUGGGUGGAGGAGCAGCAAUCGUAUCCUGAUCAUCCAGAGAGAUUUGAUUACUGGGAGCAGGUUCUGUGUAUAGAGAGUCUGACUGGACGCUGUUACUGGGAGGUUGAGUGGAGUGGAGAAUGGGCUGAUAUAUCAGUGACAUAUAAAGGAGUCAGGAGGAAAGGACGCAGUAAUGACUGUAUGUUUGGAUGUAAUGUAAAGUCCUGGAGUCUGUACUACUCCAAUAACAGUUACUCUGUCUGGCACAAUAAUAAGAGAACUGCCAUCUCUGCCCCCCCCUCCAGCUCCAACAGAGUAGGAGUGUAUCUGGACUGGCCCGCCGGCACUCUGUCCUUCUACAGCGUCUCCUCUCACACAUACACACUCACACACUUACACACUCUCCACUCCACAUUCACUGAGCCCCUCUAUGCAGGGUUUACAGUUUAUCCUGACUCCUCAGUAUGUGUGUGUGAGCUUGAAUAG